AUGUCGUCUGAAGAAGGUCUGGUGACAGUAGAAGGUCUGUUGUCUACUAGUGAGUGUCUUAUGUCAGCCGAGGAAGGUGUAAUGCCUGUUGUCGAAAAUGUAAUGCCUCACGGGUCAAGGAAUGUAGAGGAAUGUUUAAUGCCUGUCGCCAUGGUUACCGAAGACACAUCAUAUUCUACUAAUUUGUUGAAGUGUAAGAUUUGCAACUUCCAGACCAAAUUUAAGGGAAAUUUGUCGCGGCAUGUUACAAGGAAACAUGCUCUUAAAAGAUUCAGUUGUGACAUUUGUAACAAGUCGUUUGGAUACAAUUAUAUCCUCUCUGAACACCGAAGAUCAUCUCACCAGGAGGAACGUUUUCUCUGUGAAUAUUGUUCUAAACCGUUCUUAACACGCAGCGGACUAAUAUGUCAUAAAAAGUUACACCAUGCCCAAUCACCUUACAAUUGCCCGAUAUGCGAUAAACAGAUUUUAAAGAAAGCACAUUUUGAUGGACAUAUGAAUAGCCACAAGAAUGAAGCGAAAUAUGAAUGUACAACUUGCAAGAAGCGUUUUUUUUACAAAACAAGUUUAGAUAAACAUAUGAAAUCUUGCUCGGGCAUUUCAGACAGAUAUACAUGUUUGAUUUGUUCAAAGGUGUUCAGGUGUCCAUCAUCCUUAAAGGACCAUACUCGGGCUGUCCAUGAAAAAGAUUGA